UAGAAGUAGUUCAACUACUCGAUAUGCGACCACGCCAACUGGCCGCAGAGGAAAGACGACGCUUCGCCGCGUCCCUCGGUGGAGUCGACAAAGGCACGAAGACAGAACCUUUUACCGUAAUGGAGUCGCUGUAUGCUCGAGACACGCCCACGGCACAGGAGCUUAAGCUUAAACUGGCGGAGCGCAACCAGGUCAUAGAGGACGGACAAGUGACGCUAAAGCCGCUGGAUCAUUCUAACAACGAGCAGCGUCCGCCUGAAACUCUCGACAGUAUCAUGGAGACGCCGACGGAGUCGAAUACCAAUGCAGAAGCCACGAAUGCUCCAAACACAGCUGCAACAACCACAGAUGACGCGUUCGGGUUCAACUUCUCCUCUUUACCACGAGAAGAGCUCGAGGAUCAAUGGCGGGCUUCCCAAGGGGCGGAAGAUGGGAGAGCCCCGCCAGGAGAAGAUAAGAAGACGGAGGAGGCGCGUAUCGCGGAGCUCAGUAGGGACACGAGCUCUCUUUCGACUUCAGAUUCAGAUAAAACCGAGACAAAAUCUUCGGAGACGUCUCAAGCGAUCCAAGGGGAGACACCAGCAACGUCAACAACUUCGGAAGCUACUCAGCCACGGCGAGCUGGAGUAGCGUCUAUGCCUCGCAAGGCGAAACCAGCGAUCACGAUAAAUACCGGCUCAGGUUCAUCAGGUGUUGGAUCUAAACGGCCACCCCCGACGCCAGUUUCUCCUCCAAUUUUCUCCUGGACCGACAUUCUGAGAGUGCAAAACUUGAUUGAGAGAUGUCUCCAGCAGUAUCUGAGCAAGAAACUCGAGGAACAGAACCCGACGUUCUUUCGUGCGUACAGUCUACAACUACAACUCAAGGAGCAGAUCAUUGCGUUUAAUUACCUGGUACGACCGAGAAUUCCUGAAAACAUAAUAUUUUACCUGAAAACUAAAAGGUGCAGUGCGUACAGGUCGGUCAGCAGAAGGAGAUGGCAGCAAAAGGAGGCAAACGGCUUCUGCAUUACAGCAACAUAA